GAGAACCACUGUAGGCGUAUAAAGAUCCUGGGAGACUGUUACUACUGUGUGUCAGGUCUGACCCAGCCCAAGACUGACCAUGCCCACUGCUGUGUGGAGAUGGGCCUGGACAUGAUUGACACCAUCACGUGAGUCUAUAGGUUUAGGGUAGACACUCACUCUCUCACUCAUCUUUGCUAGCUCCUUGGACAUUUGUCUCUCUACGCCGUCCUGUUCUGGGCCAGGUCCUGGACUGAUGUGGUGUUAUUUACAUUUACAUUUUAGUCAUUUAGCAGACGCUCUUAUCCAGAGCGACUUACAGUUAGUGAGUGCAUACAUUUUCAUACUGGUCCCCCGUGGGAAUCGAACCCACAACCCUGGCAUUGCAAGCGCCAUGCUCUACCAACUGAGCUACACGUUUGUGUAGGUCGUCCAUGGUAAACACGUCAUGUUACUGGUUGCCUGAUAAACCACAUGAGUCAUCGUGAUGUUAGGGUCAGUGUUGACAUCUGUUUCUGACAGUAUUAUGUAGGUACAGUCACAUUGAUUUGUGAUGGACACCAUAUCACAUAUCCCUUUAUCACUGUAUCAAAUAAAAUACAAAAGUCUUUCUCACAUACGCCGAAUACAACACCUUACCAUUAAAUGCUUACUUACAAGCCCUUAACCAACAAUGCAGUUUUAAGAAAAUAGAGUUAAGAAAAUAUUUACUAAAUAAACUAAAGUAAAAAAAUAAAAAAGUAACAAUAAAAUAACAAUAAUGAGGCUAUAUACAGGGGGUACCGGAAUCGAGUCAAUGUGCGGGGGUACAUAUUAGUCGAGGUCAUUUUUACAUGUAGGUAGGGGUAAAGUGACUAUGCAUAGAUAAUAACAGCGAGUUUAGCUAGGCAGCAGGAAUGAGCCUGCUGACUAGCUUUCAGCCAUUAUAUUGAAUCAUUUGGUUUGACAAGGGAUAAAAGUGAGACUGAGGACUGGGGAUAUUACUAUUCUCUAUUCUUCUAAACCACUGUGGUUCAAGUCCAGGCUGAAGGAUUCCUUAGUGAAAUUGUCAAUGGAUUCUAUGAAUACAUGCCAACACUGCAGAUAGAUGGAGUUGAGAGGGUGGAUUGCCAUUUGAGGGAGAGGGAAUGGAAAUACAUUUGGAUGCUUCCUGAUGAAGCUUGAAAGUGAUUGUCUCAUUUGCAUGUCCUGCACAAUUUGGAGAAAGAAGAAAGAGCUCAACACUUCAAUGAGCCUUAUCCCAUUCUGUGAUAAAUGCAUGGCCGUUGGCUUGGUGUUAUAUAGCUCUAUAUACAAAAUAGGGGUUGUAGAUACAGAGACCCAUAUACCCAGGGAUUUAAAACAGACAGAUAUAGGGUUACAAUGCACAAUACAAACACAUGCCUUCUUAUGUUAGCGGUAUAUUCAUAUUAAUUCAAAUUCAUAUUGGUGACAAGUGUAGCAUUUUGCCCUGUUUAUUGAGUUUCUAGACCCUAGAUACUGCUCUUAAACCUCACUUUGCUCCAUCAUUACUGGUGGAAUUUUCCUCUGUCUGUACUCUCACAUUCUCUUAAACGUUACUUUCCUAACAGACAGGAGUAGAGGAAAAACUGUUUAGAAUCUGAAGUAGCUACCAUUUUUUCCUUCUGGCUUAUCUCUCAAGAACAUGUGCACUUUUUCUUCCAGACAGAGAGGGGGAGGAUGGGAGGAUGGGAGGCUGGGAGGGAUGUUAGAACUCAGUGCUGCCUGGCCUGCCUGGCCUGUCUGUAUUAUUAUGUGGAGUGGGGCAGCACCAUUUAUCAUGGCAGAAUAAAAUAUGGGGAGGCAAGAAAUGAUUUGUAAACAGUAAUGCUAGAGUGGACGCGCUAGGGUUGCAAAGGGAGGGUAUGUUACUGGUAACUUUCAAAGUUUACCAGUAAACUGCCAGAAAUGUGGUAACUUUCAAGGAUUUUAUGGAAUUGUAUCACAUGACAUCUAGUGGCCUUUUUGGGUAAUUCAGAUUAUCACAGGUGUCUGUAAUUAUCUCUGGCCCUCUGUGUGGCCUUAUCAAAUGUCAAAUAUAUAAAAUAAUCAAAUAAGAUGAUUAAAUAUAUAUAUAUAUAUAUAUAUAUAGAAUGACAAACUCUAAAGCAUUAUACUAAAUAUAAACCAUCAACUUAGUGAAUACCAUUAGUGUUUAAAGGGUCAAUCUUCAGUUGCUACAUACAUUUUUGCACUUAUAAAUUAAUGAUAUGUUCUUGAAGAAUAUAACUGAUAAAUGCCUCAUGAGCUUAUUUCAACUGUCGUACCCCAUCAGAACCCAGAAUGUAAGCUUUUUUACUCCAAUGUUUGUAAACAAGGUAAAUGUAAACAAGCACAACUUACAGUGCAUUCACAUUUCCACAUUUUGUUGUGUUACAGCCUGAAUUUUAAAUUGAUUAAAUUGAGAUGUUGUAUCACUGAUCUACACACACCACCCCAUAAUGUCAAAGAGGAAUUAUGUUUGUAGAAAAUGUUGGAAAGAUGAAAUGUCUUGAAUCAAUAAGUAUUCAACCCCUUUGUUAUGGCAAGCCUAAAUAAGAACAGGAGUUAAUGUGCUUAACAAAUCCCAUUAUUAGUUGCAUGGACUCAUUCCGUGUUCAAUAAUUGUGGCUACCCCAUCUCUGUGCCCCACAUAUACAAUUAUCUGUAAGGUCCCUCAAUCGAGUAGUGAAUUUCAAGCACAGAUUCAACCACAAAGACCAGGGAGGUUUUUCAAUGCCUCACAAAGAAGGGCACCGAUUGGUACAGUGGCUUGAAAAAGUAUUCACCACCCUUGGCAUUUUUCCUAUUUUGUUGCCUUACAACCUGGAAUUAAAAUGGAUUUUUGGGGGGUUUGUAUCAUUUGAUUUACACAACAUGCCUAACACUUUGAAAAUGCAAAAUAUUUUUUCUUGUGAAACAAACAAGAAAUAAGACAAAAAAACAGAAAACUUGAGCGUGCAUAAUUAUUCACCCCCCCCCCCCCCCCAAAGUCAAUACUUUGUAGAGCCACAUUUUGCAGCAAUUACAGCUGCAAGUCUCUUGGUAUGUCUCUAUAAGCUUGGCACAUCUAGCCACUUAAAAUUGGUGCAUUCAACUUCUGAUAGCAAGUGGGACAACCACUUUUUUUCUUCUUUUUUUAUGGGGGGGGGGGGGGAGGGGGGGGGGGGGGGGGGGGGUAGAAGGAUUGCUUUAUACUAUUCCAGGUAUUCCUUAAAGAGGUAGGGUUUCAAGUGUCUCCGGAAGGUGGUCAGUGACUCCGCUGUCCUGGCGUCGUGGGGGAGCUUGUUCCACCAUUGGGGUGCCAGAGCAGCAAAUAGCUUUGACUGGGCUGAGCGGAAACUGUGCUUCUGUAGAGGUAUGGGCCAGAGGUGGAUGAACGUAGUGCCCUCGUUUGGGUGUAGGGUCUGAUCAGAGCCUGAAGGUAAGGAGAUGCCGUUCCCCUCACAGCUCCGUAGGCAAGCACCAUGGUCUUGUAGUAGAUGCGAGCCUCAACUCGAAGCCAGUGGAGUGUGCGGAGGAGCGGGGUGACAUGAGAGAACUUGGGAAGGUCGAACACCAGACGGGCUGCGGCGUUCUGGAUAACUUGUAGGGGUUUAAUGGCACAGGCAGGGAGCCCAGCCAACAGCGAGUUUGCAGUAAUCCAGACGGGAGAUGACAAGUGCCUGGAUUAGGACCUGUGCCGCUUUCUGUGUAAGGUAGGGUCGUACUCUGCAAAUGUUGUAGAGCAUGAACCUGCAGGAUCGGGUCACCGCUUUGAUGUUAGCAGAGAAUGACAGGGUGUUGUCCAGGGUCACGGCAAGGGUCUUUGCACUCUGGGAGGAGGACACAAUGGAGUUGUCAACCGUGAUGGCGAGAUCAUGGAGCAGGCAGUCCUUCCCAAUUUCAAGACAACAUUGAAUGUUCCUGAGUGGCCUAGUUACAGUUUUGACUUAAAUCGGCUUGAAAUUCUAUGGCAAGACUUGAAAAUGACUGUCUAGCAAUGAUCAAUAAUCAACUUGACAGAGCUUGAAGAUUUUUAAAAUGAUUAAUAGGCAAAUAUUGUACAAUCCAGGUGUGCAAAGCUUUUAGAGACUUACCCAGAAAGACUCACAGCUGUAAUCACCGCCAAAGGUGCUUCUUCAAAAUUUUGAAUCAGGGGUGUGAAUACUCAUGUAAAUGAGAUAUUUCUGUAUUUCAUUUUCAAUAAAUUAGCUAAUACAUUUUCUAAAAACAUUACUUCAAUUUGUCUUUAUGGGGUAUUGUGUGUAGGUGGGUUAGAAAUGUUUUAUAUUUAAUCAGUUUUGAAUUCAUGCUGUAACACAACAAAAUGUGGAAUAUGUCAAGGGGUAUGAAUACUUUUGCAAGGCACUGUAGCCUCAAAACAUAGUUAAAAUUAUCAUUUCGAUAUCAUGGAUGGCCAGUCCUUGCAUUUAUAGCUUUGUCUAUGAAUGUGAGAGUGGUUACAUUUCUCAAUUAUUAUCUCCAUUAUUAUCCAUUAUUGUUUCAACUGCUGAUUGCUUUAAUAUGAGGGUUUCAGCAUGAAAUAUCCUUUAUAUUUUUUUACACACUUUUAUUCAUUUUACUAUGUCAAUAUGUCUUUGUUGUAAAUGUUUUGUCACCAAACUGUUGGCAGUUGUGAAAAAAGUCAAUAGUUGGAAGAGUUGCAGAUUUAAUUGAAAAUAAUGCCAUAUUUGAUUCGAUGCUGUUUUCAUUGUAUAGGCUAUUUUCUCUUAAACCAUAUAUAUGGUCUAUCCAGUAGAAAGUUAUGGAUAAUAUGGACAUAGAUAUAACAAAUGAAAGCUGUAUAUGACUAAAUUUUGUAAAAAGUUAUUCAAGCAUAAAUUACCAAAGUUACCAUAGAUUGCAGUAGGAAAUUCAGGUAACUUUUGUAAAUUAACGGUAGUUUUGCAACCCUAGCAUGCACACACACAUGAACACGUAUACACACAGUCACACACACACAUGCAUACAGGUACACAUGGGGACUUGACACUUGGCAAGCACGCACGCACGCAUACACAAACAAACACACACACACAAACCCUCCCACACAUAGUGUCAAUGUUAUAAUAUUGUAAUGACCCUCCUCAUGCUCCUGCAGAUCAGUAGCGGAGGCCACGGAGGUGAAUCUGAACAUGCGUGUGGGUCUCCACACAGGCCGGGUGCUGUGUGGGGUCCUGGGACUGAGGAAGUGGCAGUAUGACGUGUGGUCCAACGAUGUCACACUGGCCAACGUGAUGGAGGCAGGAGGACUGCCUGGGUUAGUGCGAGUUAUCAACAUGCCAUGCCAAAAUUUGCUGUCACAGUACCCAACCUGACAUACAACACAGCCUCUGGAGCAAUUAGUGGUUAAGUACCUUGCUUGAAGGCACAACAGUGGUAGGUAGCACCACAUGAUGCUGACUCUGUGUUUCUCCUUCUCCACCAGGAAGGUCCACAUCACCAAGGCGACCCUGGACUCCCUGAAUGGAGACUAUGAG